CAGCUCCUGCAGGGAGCUCCGAGCAGCUGGACCAGGAGUACUGGUUCCUUCUCUUCUGGCCAGUAAGGGAGCAGGAGGGAGCUGUCCAGCUCACUCAUGAGAGCACCAGGCUAUAGGGCUUUAGCUACCCAGGAGAUGGUGGUACAGAGAAGGGGUUCUCUCUAUGCUAGUAUCACAAGGUGGGGGGCGGGGAGAGGACGUUUUGCGGGUGUAGCUAAUUAGCCCUCCGCCCUGAGCUCUAGCUCCUCCUCCCACCCACCCCCUUUCCCCCAGAGCUGAGGCUCGUGCCGACACUGCUAGUGCGCACAGCAGCUUCUCCCUCCUCCUUCUGCUAUCUCCUCCUCCUUCUCCACCUCCUCCUUCUACCACCGCCACCGCCACCACUACCACCACCACUGCCACCUCCUGCUGCUGCUGCCGCUGCCGCUGCCGUCGCCGAUUCUGCUGCUGCCACUGUGGCUGCUGCUCCUCUCUUCUACCGACCCACUCUGAAUCAGCUCCCCUUUCACGACUGCUAUUGCUGCAGUCUCUUUCUUUUUUCUUUCUCUCUCUCCUUAGCGCUCCAAGUUUCCAAUCUCCAGCCUCCUUUCAGGAUCAGGGCAAAGGGAGGAAACAUCAGGUCCUGUUUGCUGCUUCAGUUAUGAAGAAAAAAUUGUCAGACUUCACUAUGCAGUUGGUUCUCCUUGUUUUUUUGGUGUGGAAACCAGCAAGGUUGGUGCUGGCUGACCCUCAAGAAGACGAAGCUAAGAAUAAUAUUACCAUCUUUACAAGAAUUCUGGACAGACUUCUUGAUGGUUAUGAUAAUCGUCUUAGACCAGGAUUAGGAGACAGUAUUACUGAAGUCUUCACGAAUAUCUAUGUGACAAGUUUUGGCCCUGUCUCAGACACAGAUAUGGAAUACACAAUAGAUGUUUUCUUCCGUCAGAAAUGGAAAGAUGAAAGGUUGAAAUUUAAAGGCCCCAUGAACAUCCUCCGACUGAAUAAUCUAAUGGCCAGCAAAAUCUGGACUCCUGAUACUUUCUUUCACAAUGGAAAGAAGUCUGUGGCUCACAACAUGACAAUGCCAAACAAGCUCCUACGUAUCCAGGAUGAUGGAACUUUGUUGUAUACAAUGAGACUUACAGUGCAAGCUGAAUGUCCAAUGCACUUGGAAGAUUUUCCAAUGGAUGCUCAUUCAUGCCCUCUGAAAUUUGGCAGCUAUGCAUAUACAACCUCAGAAGUCACCUAUAUUUGGACUUACAAUGCAUCUGAUUCAGUACAGGUUGCUCCAGAUGGAUCCAGAUUAAAUCAGUAUGAUCUCCUAGGCCAAACAAUAGGAAAGGAGACAAUUAAAUCAAGUACAGGUGAAUAUACAGUUAUGACAGCACAUUUCCAUUUGAAAAGAAAAAUUGGUUAUUUUGUCAUUCAGACCUAUCUCCCUUGCAUCAUGACAGUCAUUCUCUCUCAAGUAUCAUUUUGGCUGAAUAGAGAAUCAGUACCUGCAAGGACUGUCUUUGGCGUGACAACUGUACUCACAAUGACAACACUGAGCAUAAGUGCUCGAAACUCCCUGCCCAAAGUAGCUUAUGCUACAGCUAUGGACUGGUUCAUUGCCGUUUGCUAUGCAUUCGUGUUCUCUGCCUUGAUUGAAUUUGCCACAGUCAAUUACUUCACAAAAAGAGGAUGGGCAUGGGAUGGAAAGAGUGUAGUCAAUGACAAGAAAAAAGAGAAGGCAUCUGUCAUGAAGAAGAACAAUGCUUAUGCUGUGGCUGUGGCGAAUUAUGCUCCAAAUAUUACCAAGGAUCCAGUUCUUUCCACCAUCUCCAAGAGUGCUACCACAGCAGAAACCAACAAGAAACCAGAGGGAAAGCCCGCAGAAGCAAAGAAAACAUUCAACAGUGUUAGCAAGAUAGAUAGAAUGUCUAGAAUAGUUUUUCCAGUCUUAUUUGGUACUUUUAAUUUAGUGUACUGGGCUACUUAUCUCAACAGAGAACCUGUGCUUUUAGGGUUUGCUCCAUCAACCUAAAUGUAAAAAUGUCACACCUGCUAUGGAUACUACAAAAUGAAAAUCUGCUAGAUUGUUUUGCUAUGUACAGUCCGACUAAUAACUGCUAAUUUGUGAACCAAUAUGUACAGAAUGUAUAUAGAAAUAUAUCUUAUCAGUAAGUCUCCAAAGGAGGCCCACAUUUGCUAAUUCAUGGGAUCUGUAAGCAGAUAGCACCCAUGCCAACUGAGCCAUUGCUUUUAUAAAGGUAUACCAAGGGAAGUUGGUUUGAAGUCAAUUUCAGGUAUGCUGAAUCUGACCUCUAUUUACUGUAGAAAUGAAAAUGGGAGUUCUACACAAUGCAUUUGGAACACUUUUGCUUCACUUAGAUGCUAAGAUUUUACUCAUGUCUAAUUUUACAGGAAUGGAUGGAGUUAUCACUAAAAAGAUAAAUUUUUAAAACAGCAGUGUUUGUUCUCUGCAAAUUUAACACUUGCUCUGAGCACCCAGAAUCCCUGCUGAUGCAUUUGGGAGUUUGGCACACAUAAGAAGAACAUUAGGAAGCAAGAUUCAGUCUCUAAUUAUUCUGUACAGUUUGUUUAUCCAUGUACAUAUUACAGUUUGAUGGACUCAAACUUUAGAUGAUUCAUGACCUGAGAGGAUGUUAAUUAUGCUUAGAAAUGAAUGACUGUCGGAAUUCCAUACUCAUUACUUUCUUACUUUUAGACCUUACUAGUACUUGUUUUUGAAGUAGUCAUUGAACCCAACAAAUUAUUUUUCUUGUCAGCAACAGACAAUUUAAAUUUUUAUGUCUCCAUUUCACAAAAGAAAGUGUCUCACUCUUUCAAGUGUGUAUAGUUUUGAGAUUGAUCAGCCAAAUUAUCUUGGUUUUUAGAGAGGAGAAAAAAAAUUCAUUUCAAGCUUUGAAGGCUGUUGAGCAAUGCUGACAUUCCCACUCCUCAGAAAUCAAUCAGAGCUUUUGUGUCCUGGAGAAUAUAUAUGAAAACUGUAAGAUACUCUUUGUUCCUGUUUACUAAUACAGAAAAUUCUGCCUUAAGGCUUCUCUCUUCAUCAUUUUGGAGAAGCCACUGAUUCUAAAGAAGAGGCAGGUAAAGUGGCACUUUUUUCUCUCUCUCCUAAAAGCAGCUCUCUCAGAUAAGAUUUAAUGUAAAUCUGCUUUUGUAAAUUGCAACUUUACAUUUUGCUGACAUAACUUUACAAUGGCUUUGUAUACCAGAAAAGGUUUUGGUAAGAGUUGAACAUUUUUUUACUUAAACUUUAAAGCAUUACAGGCAAUUAUUGACUAUUUCACAUACAUACACACAACUCACACACACUCACAAAAGUAGCAAGAUUAGAAGCAGUUUUCAAUUUUAUAUGAAUAUUGAAUAAGAAUGAAUAAAAUUCUGUUUUUUAAUUUAAAUGUUUUGAAAAUAUCCAUUAUGCCCUGAGACAGCUUUUAAAAAUGUAAUGACUCUGUAAGACUCCUAACUUCCAGGCCUCUGGACAGUCUAAAAGCCCUUUCGAUUCACAUGUACAUUAGCAGUUAUUAGUUGACUUUUUAUUAAGAGAUCACCUUUAUGAUGAUGUCUUUGUAAAAACAUGUAGUUGUACAGUGCCAUUUCUUGCAGUUUUGUACAGUAUUUGAGUCUAGUGCAUAAAAUAGGUAUGUUCAAAAGUCAAUAAAAGGAAUAUCUUCUCAUGUGGAAAAAAAAAGCAAAAAGAACCAAA